AAUUGCAAAAUAUGAAACGUGUUUCGUUAAACACGUUUAUUUGUAUAUUAUAAUGUAAUAAUGUAAUGAUAAUGACGCGUGUCUUCGUCGAGAUUCCGUACGCGAGAUAGUUUAAAUCGCCUCCCGAGAGGUCGUCGGGUCAUCGGGCGAGCGAUACACGAGUUAUUACAAAUCAACUCCCGCAGAGACUAGAGAGAUCGAGCCGGUCUGCUGUUGCGUAAAGCGCGAUUGGCGGGCAGACGCUCGUCAUUAGUCACGUUGUCGCUGUGCCGAGAUCGCGCAGGAUCGCGCCGACCACCUGUGGCAUCCCACGUUGCGUUCACGCCGCAAUUAUCCGGAAAACUCACCGGUUUCUGCGUACUUCUGUAAACAACAAAUAAUUAACGACCAGUCGCGCGAGUGCGUUUACGGAGCUCGCAAGCUGCAGCAAGAUGACACAGUGCACAGUCCUAGUAAUUGGCGGCGGCGGGAGGGAGCAUGCCAUUUGUUGGAAAUUAUCUCAAUCACCGUGUGUGAAAGAGAUCUUGGUCGCUCCUGGGAACACUGGCAUCAAAGAAGUAGAUAAAGUGCAAUUAAUUGAUUUAAAUGUCAAGAAUAGUAAGGAAGUUGCGAAAUGGAGCAAGGACAAUAACAUUGAUUUAGUAGUAGUUGGACCGGAGGAUCCUCUGGCUCAGGGAUUAGCAGACGAUCUGAAAGUUGUGGGAGUAAAAUGUUUUGGGCCACAGAAGAAAGCAGCCCAGAUUGAGGCUAAUAAAGAUUGGGCAAAGCAAUUUAUGGACAGAAAUUGUAUUCCUACUGCUAGAUGGCAAGGUUUUACCUCUGCUGCAGAUGCAAAGAAAUUUAUCAAAAGUGCUCCCUUUAAGGCGCUUGUUGUAAAAGCCUCAGGUUUAGCGGCUGGCAAAGGUGUAGUAGUGGCAAAAGACCAGCAGGAAGCUUGUCACGCAAUAGACGAAAUGUUAAAUGAUAAAAAAUUUGGAGUUGCUGGUGAGACUGUAAUUGUUGAAGAACUCUUGGAGGGUGAAGAGGUGUCUGUACUGGCAUUUACAGAUGGCAAGACUGUCGUGCCCAUGAUGCCUGCACAGGACCACAAGAGAAUCUUCAAUGGAGAUUCUGGACCAAAUACUGGUGGAAUGGGAGCGUAUUGUCCAUGUCCACUGUUAAGUGAAACGGAAUAUGAACAGGUGAAAGUAAACGUUCUCCAAAAAGCUGUCGAUGGACUUAGAAAGGAGAACAUCCCGUUUGUUGGGGUACUAUAUGCUGGUUUAAUGCUGACUCAAGAUGGUCCCAAAGUUUUAGAAUUCAAUUGCAGAUUUGGAGAUCCUGAAACAGAAGUAGUAUUACCACUAUUGGCGUCAGACCUAUUUACAAUUAUGAAGGCUUGUUGCGACGGAACUUUAAGCUCGUCUCUCGUUUCCUGGCGCGAAAACGUAUCCGCUGUAGGUGUGAUUUUAGCAUCACGCGGCUAUCCGAUGUCUUCGUCCAAGGGUCAAGUUAUAACAGGCAUUGAUGAAGUGUCGCGUAAACGGGAUCACUUUGUCUUUCAUUGCGGUACGGCUGUUUCGUCAGAAGGCGAAUUAGUGACCAACGGUGGAAGAGUUCUCAUCACGGUUAACAUAGCGCCAACCUUAGCAAUGGCAGCGGCUAGAGCUACCCAAGCUGCUCAGUAUGUAUCGUUUGAUGGGAAGCAAUUUAGAACAGACAUCGCGCAUAAAGGGAUCGCCAGAUCUAUUUUGCAGAAAGGACACUUAACGUAUGAAAGUAGUGGUGUGAGUAUCGACGCCGGCGAUCAUCUCGUAUCCGCUAUUAAACCAGCUACUUGUUCUACAAAACGCACUGGCACUUUGGGCGCCAUAGGUGGAUUUGGUGGCCUAUUUGAUGUGAAAGCCGCAGGUUACAACGAUCCAAUUCUUGUAUCAGGUACCGAUGGUGUUGGUACCAAAUUGAAGAUAGCAAUUGAAUGCAAGAAGCAUGAUACAGUGGGUAUAGAUUUGGUAGCUAUGUGUGUGAACGAUGUUCUCGCGCACAACGCAGAGCCGCUAUUUUUCCUGGAUUACUUCGCCUGUGGCAAGCUCGACAUUGGAAUAGCCACGGAGGUCAUAAAUGGAAUUACUAAAGGUUGCAAGCAAGCGGGAUGUUCCUUGGUUGGCGGAGAAACAGCAGAAAUGCCAGACAUGUAUCCCGAAGGAGAAUACGACUUGGCAGGCUUUGCAGUAGGCGCAGUCGAAAAGGGCAAUUUGCUGCCACGUGUGAAUGACAUUAAGGAGGGUGACGUGAUAAUCGGAUUUCCAUCGAGUGGCGUGCACAGUAACGGUUUUAGCUUGGUGCGAAAAGUUUUGAAACUCGCAGAUAAAAAGUACUCCGAUAUCGCACCUUUCUCAAAGAAUGGUCGAACGAUUGGCGAAGAACUGUUAGAACCAACAAAGAUUUAUGUAAAAAACGUUAUUCCUGCCUUGCGAAGCAACCUCGUGAAAGGAUUCGCGCACAUCACCGGAGGAGGUCUUACGGAAAAUAUUCCUAGAAUUUUACCGGAGAAUUUCGGUGUGACGUUAGACGCGAAAAAAUGGAAUGUUCUACCAAUUUUUAGCUGGUUAGCAGCAAUUGGCGGAAUUAAUAAACACGAGAUGUUGAGAACAUUUAACUGUGGAAUUGGUGCGGUUUUGAUAUGCUCCGAGAAAGACAAGUCUCAAAUUUUGGCUUUAACUUCGGCUUCCAAUUUACCGAAAGAUGAACAUCCUGUGAUUAUCGGAAGCGUGAAUGCAUGUCGCAAUGGCCAGGCUAGAGUGCACGUAGAGAAUUUUGAAAAAAUUCUCGAGCCUGAGAUGAAACGAUAUAUUCCCAAUUUGGUUGCAUCACUGAGCAAGCCUCUUAAGAGAGUAGGCGUUCUAAUAUCGGGUAGCGGUACAAAUCUUCAAUCGCUAAUUAAUGCUACUCAGGAUCCGUCUCAGCACAUUGGAGCGGAAAUCGUAUUGGUGAUUUCCAAUAAGCCUGGCGUUGAAGGAUUGAAACGUGCUGAAAGAGCUGGCAUUAAGACAGUGACAAUUAAACAUACCGAUUAUCCAAGCCGCGAAUCUUUUGACACAGCCAUGAAUGUAGAACUUCACGCUGCUGGAGUAGAGAUAGUAUGCCUGGCUGGCUUUAUGCGAAUUCUAUCGGAACAAUUUGUGAAGCAUUGGAAAGGAGCUUUGUUGAACAUACAUCCGUCGUUGUUACCAUCUUUCAAAGGUGCGAACGCACACAAGGACGUUUUAGCAGCACGUGUGCGCGUGUCGGGUUGCACUGUGCAUUUCGUGGAGGUUGAUAUAGAUUCAGGAGCUAUCGUUGAGCAAGAAGCGGUACCCGUAUUUCCAGACGAUACUGAGAAAAUUUUGCAAGAGCGUGUGAAGACGGCGGAGCAUCGAGCUUACCCUCGUGCCUUAAAACAUCUAGCAACUGGUCGUAUAAAAUUGAAAGAAGACGGCACUCUUCAUUGGAAUUAGAAAGCUCACAUGUACAUAUAUACAUAUCAGAUUUAUAAAAUAUAAAAGUUACAUUUUUUUUA